AUGUCCUCUGUCGUCGACACCGAGAGACCCGAAAUUGAAAAGUGCCCCCAGCCGAAGUGGCAAAUGCAACUGGGCCAAAAUCUUUUUUUAUCCUUUUUUUCUCAACUUACGCCCAAGGCCUGUGGUGAAACGCUGAGAAGAUGGGCUCCUCAAUCCUGUCGGAAGAGGGGUCCGUUAAAUCCGAAAGGGGGUGGGGGAGGGAAGCAGAAGAAUGCCGCUGUUUGGCGCCGCCAGCCGCUUCACGAGGCAGACGAGUCCGAGUCUGCAGUCCAUCUCUUUACGACAACGCACCUCACCCAACUCGUCAGAGCCGAUCUUGCCCUCACGUGUUCCAGCUCGUGGCCGGGCGUCGUCUGGUGGAGUGGGUCUCGAGGCAACCGCGUCUGUCUGACAACCGAUUGGACUGUCCGGCUGCAGGGACCGGCAUUCGCGGGACUCGAACAGGCCGUCGCAAAGUGGACGCCGUUCGUCUCCGCUUCAAACGAAAGACGAACUGGCGUGGCGCUUUCAAAUCGCCUCAGAAAGAGACGUCUGUCUUGA